AGCGCAGAGGGGAGCAGCGCACCGCGAUGCCCGCCCGCCCGCCGCCCCCCCCCGCCGCGCCCCCCCGGCGGCCCUGAGCGCGCCGGCCGGGCCCCCCCGGCGGCGAGGGGCGGCAUGGCGGGGCCGGCGGCCCGCGGGGCCCCCCCCCGCGCCGGGCGCCGGACGCCGUGGCGAGCGCUGCUGCUGGCCUGCCUGAGCCUGGGCACCGGCACCGGCACCGCGCAGGUGAGGGCGGCGGGCGCUGCGGCCGCUCCCCCCCCGGCCGCCCCCGGCCCCCCGGUGACCGUCGCCUUCCCCAAGCAGGGCCCAGCCCUGGGGACGCCGGCGCGGGGCUCCUGGGGGCCCUGGGGGCCCUGGAGCGCCUGCUCCAGCACCUGCGGGGACGGCGUGGCCCUCCGCACCCGGCGCUGCCCGCGGGUCCCCGGCGAGGAGCGGUGCGAGGGGGAGCCGCGGCAGUACCGCGUGUGCCAGCUGCACGGCUGCCCCAGCGGCUCGGUGCCCUUCCGCGCCAUGCAGUGCUCCCUCUACGACGGCAAGCCCGUGCCGGGGCUGGGCGCCUCGGCCCGGCACCGCUGGGUGCCCUUCCACGGAGCGCCCAACGCCUGCGACCUCAACUGCCUGGCCGUGGGGCACAACUUCUACUACACCUUCGGGCGGGUGCUGGACGGCACCCGCUGCCGCCCCGGCGCCCCGGACCUCUGCGUCGGCGGGCGCUGCCUGCGCGCCGGCUGCGACGGCAUCCUGGGCUCGGGCACGCGGCCCGACGCCUGCGGCCAGUGCGACGGCGGCCCCGACGCGUGCCUCUUCGUGCACCGGGUCUUCCAGGGCGCGCGCCCCCCCUCCGGUUAUUUCGGGUACACGAACGUGACCAAGAUCCCGGCUGGGGCCACCAACAUCAAGGUGACCGACAAGAGCCGCAACUACCUAGGUAGGACGUGCCGAGCCCGGGGGGGUCCCGGCGCUGCGUCUGGCGCCCGCGAGGCCGAGGGACCCGGCGGAGCUCGGGGUUUGGGGAGGGGCCGGGCUGCGGCGAGGCCGGGCACCCCGGACCCCCCCGGACCCCCCCCGCCCCGUCCUGCCGCGGGAGCUCCGCGCAUCGGCGCUUGGCUCGGGAGCGAAGCCAAGUCUUGCAAGGAAGCAGAUUUCUCCCAAGCCCCGGCCGCCACUUUCCCAGCCAGCGCUGCCCUCCCUGCCGCGGGCGGAGGCCUCCAGCGGGGACCCAGGCGUCCGGGCGGUCCCCCCCCCGCCGCCGGGUCCCCGACGCGCGCCCUCCCCGCAGCCCUGAUGGCCGGCGACGGGCGCUACGUGCUCAACGGGGACUGGUCCAUCGCCUGGCCCGGGCCCUUCGAGGCGGCCGGCACCCGGGUGCUCUACGCCCGCGCCGCCGACGGCACCGAGAGCCUGGAGGCGCCGGGGCCCACGGCCGAGGACCUCUACGUGAUGGCGCUGCUGCAGGAGCCCAACCCCGGCAUCGAGUACGAGUUCUGGGUGCCCCGGCAGCGCGGUGCCGCCAGCCCCCUGCGCCAGCCCCAGCCCCGGGGGGCCGGCAGCCCCCAGCCCACCCCGGCCCCCCCGCCGCCACCGCUACCCCCCCGGGGCGCCAGCACGGAGACGCCGCGGAGAAACCCCCCCGGCCGGAGCGGGACCGUCGCAGGGCGAUGCGGGAGGUGCCGGACGCCCAAGGGACGGUCCCAGCGCAUCCGCCACUUCUGCCAGAGCGACUUUGUCUUCCAGGCCCGGAUCCUGGCCACGCAGGCGGUGGGGCAGGAGACGCGCUACGAGGUGCAGGUGAAAACGCCGUACCGGCACCGCUUCCCGCUGGUGUCCCGCGAGUACGUCUGGGUGUCCAACGCCUGCGGCUGCCCCCGGCUGCUGCCGGGCCGCGAGUACCUGCUCAUGGCGCGGCGGCACGUCAACCGCGAGCACACGCUCAACCGCAUCCUGCUGCGGGACGACAGCUACGUGCGGCCCUGGUCGCCCCGCGAGGACCGGCUGGUGCGGGACGCGGCCCGCCGCUGCGCCCGGCCGCCCUGAGCCCCCCGCCCUGAGCCCCCGCGCCGGGCGUCGUGCUGGGCAUCGCACCGGGCAUCGCGCCGGGCAUCACACCGGCCUCCGCGGGGGCUGCCGGGCCGGGGGCGGUAAUUUAUUUUUUUGCAGAAAAUAAACUUUUAUCACCUCG